AUGAAACUUGAAGUGUUCUCCGCAAGCCACUUCCUUCAGAAGCCCAUGGAGGUGUGCAGUCACAGUGACGCCGAAGGUAGCGUCCCCUCUCCCCUAUCCGGGGAGGAGCUGGGCUCAGACGGCGACUGCGUGGCCAACAGCCCGGCACCUGCUACCCCGAGCAGCGGCGAUGGCAAGGGCAAACCCUACACCCGCAGACCCAAGCCGCCCUACUCCUACAUCGCACUCAUCGCCAUGGCCAUCCGGGACUCCGGCAGCGGCCGGUUGACUCUGGCCGAGAUCAACGACUACCUGAUGAAGAAGUUCCCGUUCUUCCGGGGCAGCUACACCGGCUGGCGGAACUCGGUGCGCCACAACCUGUCGCUGAACGACUGUUUCCUCAAGGUGCUCCGGGACGCUUCCAGGCCAUGGGGCAAGGACAACUACUGGAUGCUGAACCCGCACAGCGAGUACACCUUCGCUGACGGGGUGUUCCGCCGCAGGAGGAAGCGCAUCACUAAGGGCCGGUCCGGUGGUUCCAAUAAGGACACCGACACCCCAGACAUCCAGACCCCAGGCGAGGAGACUCGCAUCUCGGCCACUCCAUCUGUGCCCUCCCGGGAAGAGAGGGUGAUGGGAGCCAAGUUCUCCAGCUCUUCCAGCUCCUUCUCCAUCGAUAGCAUCCUCAGCAAGCCCUUCAUACGUAGGGUGGACAGAGACCACACCGAUAGAGACAGUUCACAUGCCAACCCCGGUGCCCACCGGCUCUACUGGCCCGCCGGUGCUCACCACAUGCUGCCCUACACACUGGCCUACCCACCGGUACCCGCUGCUAUGGCGCACGCACAUGCACAGCACUCAUACCACCAGGUCAGCACCGGCGCGUCACACAUGUUGCACGUGUACAGGUGCAGCCUCGCGGAGCAAGCAGAGCACAGCAGGGACCCACUCACAGCUCUCCACAUGACGUCACAGGGCCACAUGCCAAACUCCGAUGCUGCUUUCUCCCCUGUGAAGAUGCACACAGCGCGAGUUGGCAGCUGUCAUCCUUACCAGAUAGAUUAA